UAAGUCAAAACAAUAUCUAGACACAUUCCCAAAUCCUGGGUCCAAAAACCAGUCUUGCUCUCUUUUACUUAACAUUUUUAUUUUGAAUAUCUACAUAAUACAUUCAAGUUACCUCACAUACAUCCCACCUGAAAAUGCCGGCCACCAAGGGUCUGCUUUUUAAGCGCUACAUCCGCAUCGAGCUGAAUAUGUGGCGGCACACGCUCUUCGAGGCAAUCGCCUUGAUAAUCAUGCUCCUGGUGAUCCUGCUCAACCCCAUCGCCCACUCCAAGCGCCUCCUGUACAAGCGCAGCGAUAACGAGAAGGGCCAGAGCAUCGAUUCGCAUACACUGGGGGACCUCCGCAUAUUACAGGGAGUGAUUGACUCAAGGCGGGAGAAAAACAGAUUGAACCUGGGCUACACACCCAAGACGCCAUUUGUUUCUAACCUGGCUGCAAAGGUGGUAACGACACUGGAGCUGAAUGCAACGAUACCCUUCGAGAACGAGAACGAGUUAGAGAAUCAGCUAGACGAGCGGACCACCUUGGCGGGGCUCGUCUUCAAAGGGGACCUCAGCGGACCUCAGCCGCCUUUGGUCCUGGAUGUCUCGAUCCGUUUUCCCAGCGAGUUUCGUACGUUGAAAUCUUUCCUCACCGAGGACCGCCUCUGGCUAACUCGCUGCUCGGGACAAAUAGAUGCCGACCGGGAGCAGGUCGACAAAAACCUUAAGCAGGAUAUAUACAUACGGGAGGGAUUCCUGCAGCUGCAGCACCAGGUCUUCAUAGAGUGGUACCAUCUAUUGCGCGAGCAAUUUCAAAGCGACUUUCCGGAACCGAGUGUCACGAUGUACAACGUCCGGCUAAAGUCUGCCGAUGAGCCCUGCGCCGCAGUGAGUCUGGCCCGGCUGCCCACGUUCCUGUAUUAUUUUAUUUACCUGCUCCCCUUCCUGAACAUUAUCCGAAACGUGGCGUCCCAGGUUCAGGAUGGUGUCAUGGUCCAUCAGUGGUAUUAUGGUUAUUCGUUUGGAACGCAAUGGGCUCUCAAAUUUUUGGUGCUAUUUUUGCGAUUGAUUAUACUUGGUGCCAUUUUUAUACUUAUAAUUGUGUGCUUCUGGGUUUUAGGAGAACACAAGUCAGAAUUAUCCGGCUUAGCGAUACUGGCCUUCGUCUGCUUCGUGGUGCUGUUCACCGUGGAGCUUAUUGUAACCGCAAUGGUUGUGGCCAAGAUAUUCGCCGAUCCUACCAAUGGGGUUCUGUUUGGCCUGGCCAUGUGGCUCUUUGCGUAUGCCGCCUUCACCACUGUUUUGGAACGUUACUGGGACAUCCACAAGUACCAUAUCUUCUUUAUCCUAGUCAGCUUCUUCAAUUGCCAGAUCCUGUUUGCCAUGGAGCUUUUUCGGUAUUCCUACGAAUUCCCCCAAGUUAUACAAACCAAUGAUUACGUGGUGCUCUUCGCCUCGGUCAUAGGAUCGACCUUGAUUUUUUACUUCUUCCUCUUGGCGCUGCAGUGGCGAAAACCGGGUAGGUAUCUCAGCCGGCGAAUAGUCAACAAUCGGCGACGAAAGGCGAAAGAAGCGGAUAUGGUCAUUAUGCACUUGAACAAGGUGCCAAGCAUCAGCAAUUUCGAGUUCGGCGACGCUGGCGUCGUAGAGCUAAUGAGAUUGCGCCACAUCAGUACCACACACCGAGACUCGGAGCGAAAGAUUCUCAAGAAUAUAUCGCUCCGCAUAUACCAGGGCGAGGUGUAUGUGAUUCUCGGCCAUAUAGGAUCGGGAAAACUCACCCUCCUUAGGGUGAUGGCCGGCUUGAAAUUUCCAAUUCGCGGCAGUACCUUGUUUAUGGGUAGCCCUUUCGUAAACACCGGAGAGCAACGUCACCUGGUGGACUUCCGUUUCGCAGAGCAUGGACUUAACAAGAAGCUAACAGUGGAGCAGACCAUUGACUUUCAUGUGCGCCUCAAGCUGUCGGCCAAAGACUCGGAUCGAUUUGAGAUUGAGAAACGCAAGUGGCUGGCAGUGCUUGAUCCCCUCAUCGAGAGUCGGAGUGCCAAAAUUGGGCAGCUACAUAUGGGCACGCGGCUCUUGGUUGCAGUGUGCUGCUGCUUGGCCGGAGACACGAAGAUCAUUAUUAUGGAAGAGCCCACUAAAAGGCUUUCCUAUCGGGAGGCACAGGUCUUCUGGUCGAUUGUUAACGCGGAGAAGGAGAAUCGGGCAUUCGUUUUUGCCACCCAUAAUAUUGGAGACGCGGAACAUGUGGCCGAUAGGCUCGGAAUCCUCAACAUGGGUGUACUGGAGGCCAGCGGCACUCCGUUUUUCCUGCGAGCCAAGUUUAACAGCUCCGUAGAACUGGUCAUCAUUAAGAAACCACACGUCCCGGAUGAUCCCAUCACUGAAUUCAUCCGCCAGUUUGAUCCAAUGGUGGAGCCAGAGAACGAGAUCGGAGAUACACUAACCUACCGAUUGCCUGGAACGUUCCGUACGCGUCUGCAGAAGAUGCUUAUUCACCUGGAGAGCGGUCGCAAGGCGCUGGGCAUCGAGAACUUCAAAGUAGUGGGUGCGGAGCUAUCCGAUAUUUACAUGCAGCUGGUCACCUCAUUUCGUCUGCAGGAGCAGAUCAUUUCGGAUGUCAGUCAAACCUUCAAGUACCAGGUGGUGUCCAAGAGACAGCUAAGAAGACAGCGUAUUCGGGCCAUGUUCUACAAGAAAAUUAUCAAUUCGGCGCCGAAUGUUUGGCCUAUCAUCAUGAUUAUCGCCACCUUUUUAUUGAUCGCAAUUAUCGCACGCCUAACGGUGCUGAUCGGCUCGCCGAAGAACCGCGCUAACUCAAUCCUAAUAGGAACCCAGGAAUUAGCGGAUGUUUCGUCUUUGCCGGAUAUCAAGGGUUGCGGUUACAUUGAUAUCAGAUCGACACAGACAAUUACGACAACAUCGGAAGAUGACAGUCGCGUUGCGAAGUCAAAACUUUUUACAUCGGACUCGUUUGUUUGCGCAAAGGAAUCGUAUCGGGACUAUCUACAAAAGAGUAGCGAGCUUAAGGGCAUGGGAGCCGUGGAGUCUAAUGGCGACGGCGAACUCAAUGGGUACAUCAUCGCGGACAUCUUCCACUCGGCACCCAUGGUGCUUAAUUUGAUGCACAACAUUAUCCUCAAACUUACCUACCCGGAUCGCACCGACACAGCGGCUAUGGUGACCAACGAUCCGAUGCCCACGCGACUGUCGAAGAAGAUCAACCUGCUGGACAACAAGAUUGCCCAUAUUCACGCCCCUUUGGCGAUCGGAUGCAUCAUCCCCAUCAUAGUAUCCGUGUUUGUCAUCUCGAUAGUGGAGGAGAAAAUCCAAAAUUUUCGGUUUUUGGAACACAUUGCCGGUUUGGGCCUGUCGGCCUACUGGGGCAUCAACCUGUUCUGGGACUGGUUCAACUUUGUGGUAUACUCGGUCAUCAUUGUGCUGAUCAUGGCUGUAUUUCGGAUCGGCGAGUUCGGUAUGGUCGAUAACCUGGUCAUCAUUCUUCUGCUGGCCUUUUUUGGAAUGGCGGCUCUGCCGAUUACCUAUCUGGUAACCAUGUUUGUGAACUCUAGUAUAAUACGGGCCUUUCUGGUCUCCAUGAUCCUGCAGGGCACAUCCGGCCUCGUACUGUACAUCAUCUACUGGGAAGUGGCCAAUAGCAACAUGUUAUUCUUCUACAGCGCUUGCAUAUCGCCUGGUUUCUCGCUGCUUGACGGGAUCAGCAACAUCUACACGCAGUCCGCGGAGCACAGGCUGUGCAGGGACAAGUGCCAGAAUUACGCAGGCUGCACACGGGAGAACAUGCAGGAGGUAGUGCCUAACUGCAAAUUUGACACAUACUUUAAAUGGGCUGCACCGGGAAUUUUGCCAGCUAUGCUCUGCAUGAUCCUUUGCGCUAUUAUUGGUCUGCUACUCAUCUUCUGGAUAGAGCUACAGCGGCGGGAGCGGAAAUUCCACUCCUCCAGAGACCUUCAUAAAAUGCGGACCGCUACGUAUCCCUUUGACGACGGCGAUGUGGCUGAUGUGAAGCAAAAGAUCGCCGACGCGGAAAACACCAAGGCAAAACAGUCUGUGUUCCUGGUGGACCAGGUGGAAGCUAAGAUCCCACACUCGGGCAAUAGAAUCCACACCAUUUCUUUUGCCUUAAACAAAUACAUGAGCAUGGGCAUCUUUGGGCCUCGCCAUUCCGGCAAGAGCCACCUGAUCCAGCAGCUGGUGGGCGAGAAGGGAUUCGCCUUCGGCGAGAUCUACGUGCGGGGCUUGGACUUCAAGUACGACUUGGAGAGCAUCCAUACCUACAUGGGCUACUGUCCGCAGCACCGAGGCCUGCUGCCCAAUUUAACGCCAAGGGAGCAUAUCCGCCUGCUGUGCAUGAUCCGCGGCGUUCCACAGGCGAAAAUCGGCGAGAAGAUACACGAUCUGUGCCUGAUGCUCAACAUGACCGGUUGGAUGCACCGCCGGUGCAGUCUCCUAACGGCGGAGAAGCGAGCCAAGGUUAAGAUUGCCCUAGCACUGGUCGCAUACAACAAGAUCUUGGUCCUGGACGAGCCCACCGCCGGAAUGCCGGCGACGACAAGGCGAGAGAUCUGGAAUAUUUUGAGAUAUAUGCGAUACUGCGGCAAGACUAUGAUCUUUGCCACCAAUGAUGAGCUGGAGUGCAAAAUUCUGGCAGACUUCAUUAUCCUUUUCAUGCACGGCGAGAUGCUGGCCAUUGGCAGCCUGCAGUAUUUGCGAUACAAGUACAGCCAUGGCUUUUAUUUGGAGGUCCGGAUUAUUCGCGACGGUACCACCAUCGCGGAAUCGGAGGAGAACUUGAGUAAAGACGUGGAGAAUCUGGCAAAGUUUGUCAAUUUUUUGCACAGCAAAUCGGAGUUGGUUUAUCGCAUGCGCAAUUGGCUCAAGUAUUAUGUGCCCGUGGAUAACAUCGUCUACUCUUACCUUUACGGCGCCGUUGAGAAGAACAGGGUCCGGCUGAACAUCCAGGACUACUGCAUUUACCAGGCGCACAUGAGAAAUGUGGUAGCCCAUGUGCACGAGACGCGGUCGGAGUUGAAGAACCAGAUAAUUCACACCAAUGAUUUUUGAAAUUUUAUGUAUGAUUUACAUUUUAUGUUUCUGUAUAGUUACUAAAAGUGAAAUGUAGCCUUAUGGUUAUGUCUGGUGACAGUUUGUCAAAAAUUCAAACUAA